AUGCUGGUGGUGCCGGGCGGCCGGUGGCUCACCGGGCCCUUCAACCUCGCCGACCACUUCACCCUCUUCCUCGACCACGACGCCGUCAUCCUCGCCACUCAGGAUAUCAACGAGUGGCCGAUCAUUGACCCUUUGCCCUCCUACGGUAGAGGAAGAGAUGCGGCUGGGGGUAGAUACAGUAAUCUCAUCAUGGGAUAUAACCUAACCGAUGUGGUCAUAACAGGGAAUAAUGGAACUAUCGAUGGACAAGGUGAAACCUGGUGGAAAAUGUUCCGUAACAAAGAACUCAAUUACACUCGUGGAUACCUCAUUGAAUUGAUGUACUGCAAACAAGUGCUGAUUUCCAACAUUACAUUGGUUAACUCUCCAUCGUGGAAUGUCCAUCCAGUGUACAGCAGCCACGUAAUCGUCUCAGGCAUCACAAUUCUUGCACCGGUCAACUCUCCCAACACUGAUGGGAUCGAUCCAGACUCAUCCUCCAAUGUCCGCAUUGAGGACUGCUACAUAGUCUCAGGCGAUGACUGCAUCGCCAUUAAAAGCGGUUGGGAUGAGUACGGGAUUGCAUUCAACAUGUCAAGCAAACACAUAGUGAUCAGACGGCUCACCUGCAUCUCCCCCACGAGCGCUGUCAUCGCCCUGGGAAGCGAGAUGUCGGGAGGAAUCCAAGAUGUCCGGGCCGAAGACAUCACGGCCAUCCACUCCGAAUCCGGCGUCAGGAUCAAGACGACCAUCGGAAGGGGAGCUUACGUGAAGGACAUAUUCGUGAGAAGAAUGAAUCUGCACACGAUGAAGUGGGUCUUCUGGAUGACGGGCACCUACGGGCAGCACCCGGACGACAAAUUUGAUCCGAAAGCCAUUCCGGUGGUGCAGAAUAUCAGUUACAGCAACGUGGUGGCCGAGAACGUGACCAUGGCCGCGAAGCUGGAGGGGAUUCCCGGCGCGCCCUUCACCGGAAUAUGCAUCUACAAUGUGACGGCGGAGGUGGUGAAGUCGAAGAAGCCGAUUUGGAACUGCACCGACGUGGAGGGCGUAUCGAGUCACGUGACGCCCACUCCCUGUGCGCAGAUUCCGGAAUAUCCAGAUCGUAUAACGCAUUGCCCCUUCCCUGAAGAUGAUCUACCUGUGAAUGGUGUUGGGCUAGAGGAGUGUGCUUAUCACAGAGCCAAGCCAUGA